AUGGACAAAGAAGAGUUUGGUAGGGCUAUGGACUGGCGGUACCUCAAUGUUUCAAAUGAUUCAAAAUACCAUCCCUCUCAGGAGGAGGGCCAACAAAAAAAUAUUACACCAGGCACUGGAAGAAGCAGAAGAAACAAACACCCAAGAUGGCCUGCCAGCUUGGCUCUGGCAUUCACAUUAACCACCGCCACUGCAAUACAGAAUGCGAACACUUCCUCCUCUCCUUAUGAUAUCUUUGCCUUACAUCACCCCAACAUACAAGGAAGGUUUUCUGUUAUGAAAGAUCGUAUGUUGCGAGAGAAAGUUGAUGAUGAGAAGAGGGAUGUUGAGGUUCUGCUAUCAAAAGAUACAAAGAGAGUGUUGGCCAUAAUUCUCCCUCAAUUGGGAUUGAAAGGUAUCAUUUCUCCAUCUAUAGGAGAUCUCUCCUUCUUACGCACUUUGAAUCUCUCCAACAAUUCUUUCAGCGGAAGAAUUCCACCUCAGCUUGGCCAGCUGAAAGCGUUGAGAAUACUUGACCUUACAUAUAAUCGACUAGUGGGUUCCAUCCCCAAAUCUCUAGCCAAUUGCUCGCAGCUUCAGUGGAUUAGAGUAUCGUACAAUAACUUGACUGGGAGCAUACCAGGGGAAUUCGGUGGUUUGGGGAAGUUAGAGCAUCUCCCCUUGCCCCACAAUAGUCUGAGUGGAGGCAUUCCAAAUUCUCUGCGAAACUGCACGUCUCUACUUGAUUUGAGCCUUAGCUUUAACCAUCUCACAGGGACAAUUCCAAAAGCCAUAGGAGAGCUUAAAUCUUUGGAAGGCUUGUAUCUGAAUGAAAACAAUUUAAUUGGAUCUAUACCACCUGAGCUAGGAAACUGCACGUCUCUCCUUGAGUUAAACCUUGGCGCAGCCUAUCUCACAGCCAUAGGAGAACUCAAAGAUUUGAUAUAUUUGUUUCUGGAACAAAGCAAUUUAACUGGACAUAUACCACCUGAAAUAGGAAACUGCACGUUUCUCAAUUUUUUGGAUCUUAAAUAUAACCUUCUCACAGGAACAAUUCCAAAGACCAUAGGAAAGCUCAAAAAGAUGGAAAUUUUGCAUCUGAGUGCAAACAAUUUAACUGGACCUAUACCACCUGAACUAGGAGAUUGCACUUCGCUCAUUCACCUGGUCCUUGGCAAUAACUCUCUAUCAGGGACAAUUCCAAAGGCCAUAGGACAGCUCAAAUCUCUGGAAGUUUUGUAUCUAUAUACAAACAAUUUAACUGGAUCGAUACCACAUGGUAUUGGUGAACUCAAGAGUCUUUCUGAGCUUAUCAUCUACAACAAUAAUCUUGCAGAGGGUAUUCCUGAAAGCUUUGGCGGGUUAAUUUCUCUAGAAAAAUUAGAUGCAUCUAAUAAUCGGCUAACAGGAAAGAUUCCGCCAUCCAUAGGGAAGUGCAAGCGUUUAACUGAUUUAGUAUUGGCAGACAACUUUUUGUCUGGAAGAAUUCCAGCAACAUUGAGUAACUGUACAACCUUAAAGCGGCUAAAGCUGUCCAACAACUUAUUUAAUGGAGAUCCAGAAAUCCAUUUUCCUUCUUCUAUUGAAAUUUUUUCUGCUUAUUCUAAUAAUUUUUCUGGGACCCUGCCUGCAUCAUUGGUCAAUUGUUCACAGCUGACGCUUCUUGAUUUCAGUAAGAAUAGAUUGACAGGCGAGCUUUCUACACACCCUCUUUCAAAAUGCCUACAGUUGAGGGUUGUAAGUCUUAGCUCUAAUAAGCUUAAGGGUGAUAUUCCUCUAUGGAUUAGAAAUCUCACUAGAUUGCAGGUGUUAGAUUUAUCAAAUAAUAACUUUGGCGGAAGAAUUGCCUCUGCUCUUGAAGGACUGGAAGGAUUAAAAAAUCCCAGAGUUUCGCAAUUGAGUAGCAAUACACUCUAUGAAGAUAUACCAGCUAUUAAUAUAAAAGGAAAUAAGUUUAGACUAGAAUGUCGGUUUGUGGUUACCCGAGUUUUACGGCAAUUCGGGAGGCAGCAGGGGAUUCCACAGGGGGCAUGCUUGUAUGCACGGUGGCAGCAGGAUGUGGCCGAUUGGGGGCCGACUAUUGACAGUGUCGUGGCCAUAGAGGAGUUUACAAGGUUAGCUGGACAGCUGAGGCUGCUAAAUUUGAGUGGAAACCAAUUGGAAGGUGUUAUACCAGCAUCUCUGGGGCAAAUAGAACCAUUGGAGCAGCUGGACUUGUCUAAAAAUAGUUUGAAUGGGGAAAUACCUGAGGAUCUGUCUAAGUUGUCCAAGUUAUACUAUUGGGAUGUAUCCUUCAACCAUCUCUGUGGGCCAAUACCUGGAGGAACGCAGUUUAUGACUUUUGAUGAUAGAUCUUACCAGGGAAACCCACAAAAUAAAAGUUCAGCAGUGCCUGCACCUUCAGAAAAGAGUGAGGAAAUGAGAGUUGUGUUUGCAAGAAUGAUCCGAUUUACUGCGAACACAAAGAACCCCAGUGCAAACCACUGCGCACGCCAAUCAACACAGGUUGGUAUAACCAAAAAAGACAAAUGUUGUGGAAAGCCAGUGGCUGCUAGCUUCAUGAUUCGUGCUCGAAGGUUUGUUUUAGAGAUGAAAGGAGGUGUGAUGAUCGCAAUGCUGUUCUUAGUCUUGGCUAUGGCAUUCACAUUAACUGCCGCCAACGCAAUACAGAAUGCUAACACUUCUUCCUCUCCUUAUGAUGUCUUUGCUUUACAUCACCCCUACACAGAAGGGAGGCUUUCUGUUACGAAAGAUCGUAUGCUGCUACACAAAGUUUAUGAUGAGAAUAAGGAUGUUGAGGCUCUGCUAUCAUUCAGGCAUGGCAUUACAGCCGACCCUAUGAGAUCGCUCUUCAAUUGGACUUCUACCAAUUCAGAAAACUUGUGCUCCUGGACCGGUGUUUGGUGCACCAAACAUACCAACAGAGUGGUGGCCAUAAUUCUCCUUCAUUUUGGAUUGAAAGCGGAAGCAUUCCAUAUCAACUUGGCCAAUUGCUCACAGCUUCAGUGGAUUAGACAAUCCUACAACAACUUGACGGGGGGCAUACCUGUAGAAUUCGGUGGUUUGGGAAAAUCACAGCAUCUCCGCUUCCCCUACAAUAGUCUGAGUGGAGGCAUUCCAAAUUCUCUGCGAAACUGCACAUCUCUACUUGAUUUGAGCCUUAGCUUUAACUAUCUCACAGGGACAAUUCCAAAACCCAUAGGAGAACUCAAAUCUUUGAGAUAUUUGUUUCUGGAACAAAGCAUAUUAACUGGACCUAUACCAUCUGAAUUAGGAGAUUGCACGUCUCUCACUUUUUUGGAUCUUAGAUAUAACCUUCUUACAGGAACAAUUCCAAAGGCCAUAACAGAGCUCAAUUCUUUGGAAAUAUUGUAUUUGAAUAGCAACAUUUUAACUGGAACUAUACCACUUGAAAUAGGAAAGCUCAAGAAGUUGAAAUAUUUGCUUCUGAAUGAAAACAAUUGA